CACCAUUGCCUCUUGCGAAAUGUAUCAUAUUGUAUGUUAAACUAGUAAACAUUACAAUUAAAUCACAAUGUUAAUUUAAACAAUGUUUUCUUUUUAAAUUUUUAAAUCCAAACUGUGUCGCGUAGCAUUUCCACCACCCCCCUUUGACAGAAUCGCGAGUGGAUUAUUCCAAAAUAUGGCGGCGGUAUCUGUCAGCAAGAAGUGAAACUUUCGCUCAAGAGAGUGAAUAUUUCCAAUUAAAUGCAGCAUUUCCUGGAUGUUGUCGUCGGUUCGACGCCUGCGUUGUUUAACUAGAAACGACCUUUCGUGUACUUUUUGUGGCCGUCUUUCAUUCGACAGUUUUUUUUUCUUCUAUGUUUGCUCUUGGCUGCUAGCUGACUAGCUGACUGAAAAGGCUCUCCUCGAUAAAUAGAGCAAAGUGCCGUUUAGACCGCGAUAAACAUUAGCGGAUAGAGCCGGCUUCAUUUCAGAUUAUUGGAUGAUUUGAAGGUUAAAUUCGCGUGAAACAGUUACAGAGACGUGUGUUUGAGUUUUAUUUACAACCAAGGGCAGCGCUUCCGUGUUUCAUUUUACGUCACUGGCUUACGAUUCAAGUCGGAUGUUUGUCGACGUGCUCUCUAACCCAAGGAUUUUGAUUUGCUAGCACCUUCUGUACUGGCAAAUCAAUGGAGAAACUUCAGGAUCUCGGACAAUCCGAGUUACAGGAUCUGCUGGAUAACUCGGAGCGGGUGGAGGUAAUGGCACUGGAGUCAGAUGAGAUCCAGAACAUUCAACUGGAAAGGGAAAUGGCUCUGGCUUCCAACCGCAGCCUGGCUGAACAGAACCUCGACAUGAAACCUCGGCUGGAGAGAGAUCGAGAACGGCUGGUGGGGAAAUAUAAUGAACUGGAGGAUGUAAGGGAGAGAUACAAACAGCACUGCGCUCUCAGAGAUGGGAUUAUGGGCCAGGUGUCCCCUGAGGGGUUGUUAUCUCGUCUACAGGCAGAGGGCGCCAACACAGAGGCAGAGUCUGAGGUUCUAGCUGAUGAGUUUCUAGAGGGUUCCUUGCCACUAGACUCCUUCCUUGAGCGCUUCCACUCUCUUCGCUGCCUGGCUCACAGAAGACGUGUCUGCAUCGAGAAGCUGCAAGAGAUUCUGCGCCAGAGGAACCAAGGAGCCGCGGAGUCUUGUGUGAUAUCAGAGCCGUGCUCCAAUCCAGAGGCCGGAUCGGUGUCACCGUGGCAACAGCAGCAACCCCAGCAACAGCCACAGCAAAAACCCAGCGUGAGCGUCAACCCGCCCAACUGUGCCCUGCCGUACACUCCAUACCCUGUUUCUGCUCCUAGUCAGUCCUGUUCGGCCUCUACAGCCACCCCCUCCAACCCCACAGGUGCUUUUCAGCCCUACUCAAGCCAGGCUGCAGCUUUUACUCCAUCCUCAGGCUACCCCGCUGCUCGGCUUGCCUUUGCCCCACCCACAUGCCCGUACCCCACCCAACCUGCAUUUCCAGCUCACCAAGGUCCUCCUUUUGGGCAGUUUGGCCCUAGUAAUGCUCCCUACCCCAGCCCCUACCCUUAUGGAGGUUAUAGUUACCCCAUGGGCUCUAAUAUGCCUCCUUCUCAGUCACCUACAGGUAGGCCACUUUAUAGGCCAGGCUUUGGUGUACCACAGCCGUACUCCUGAACCAGUCUCUCUCACUCUCUCAAUCCCUCAUCUCUGUUGUCUCUCUUCCCUCCCGCCACUUUUGCCUCCAAACGACACCCCCAAUUUUUCUCCUCCUGUUUGAGGCUUGCACAAAAUGUUUGACAUUGGGUUACCAUGUGGGUUUUUCCCCCUCCCCCGCUCUGACACCUCAGUGAAAGACUUGCUCCAAAAACCUGUCAGAGACCAACAUGGAUGUCAGUCAACUUUGGACUUUAGUUCAGUUCCUGGCUGUUCUAGCAUGUUUCCAGAUCCGAGAUUUGAAAUUGAUGAUUGUGUUGAUUGAAUUUGCCUUUGUUUUAAUUUACAGUAGUUCAAUGGAAUUGUGUUGCUGUUUGGCCUCUUAUGGCUAGGGUACAUAAUUCAGAAUCGUGUCUUUUUAUUUAAUGAGUAAUGAGAAACGUCACACUACUUAAUAAUAUGAAUCAUCUAUCUCCUGCUGUUUUCUGGUUUGUCUAGCCCCACCCCCUCCAGAAAACACCACCACUAACAUUCACUAAAGACACAAACUAUUUCACAAACUGUCUACAUGUUUAACACCACGUUUUCAGGUGCUUUUAUUUUGGUGGAUUAUUUGACCCCUGAAUCAUGUAUCUUGUUACGAGAGUAGUCGGUUCUGUAUUUAAUGCAAUGGUGCACCUGCUCCUUCACCCCAAUGCCCCCCUGCUGAACUGACUUUUUGUUCCUCCCAUCUCCUUCACUCUUUCUUAAGCUUUUUAUCUUAUUUUUGUUCCUUUUUGUUUUGUUCACACCUCCCUUGCGCCAUGUACAGUUUGUUGGAUGAGAACAUUACAUGAAGGGACUGUUUAAAUACUUUAGUGAAGACUGUGUGAUUUGUAUAAACAGAUAUUAAUAAUAAUGGUAAAUAAAAAACAAGGGGAAUAUAAUAUAAACAUAUCUUUAUCUGCUAUAGCACAGUAUAUGGUGUGGUGUUUGAGGCAAAAGGAACCAUAACACCACACAGUGAGCAUGCGAGGGAGUUUGAGCUACAUAACAUCUUUUGGAGUUUACAUACAGUUUUCAGAAACCAGCUUGACACUGAAAAUAUUUUUAAAAGAUUACUCGGACAAGUUAAUCUUGUAAAGCCCAUAUGUGUCUGUUACAAUGGUUUAUAAGGGCUUAAUGAAUUCAAUUAUAAACGUUAUUAAUGAUUGGCAAAGCUCUGGUUUCCCUGACAUGAAGGUGAAUGAAGGCUGUAUGUAUCUAUGGACGUUGUAUGUAGUCCUCUGCAGCUGCCCCAACUUUUUGAGUGUGUAUCUUCUAUGUGUUGACUGGUAGAAUGAGCGUUUUGAAUCACAUUUGCACUCCACAAUAACAGCUUCCGUCCCUACGAUAAAAGGGCCUGGGGGCGAGCCUGCGAACCGUCAGCUUUAGAAAAGAUGCUCGGGGUAAACUUUUGAAUUUUAUUUUAUCAGUCAUUAUUUUUAACUUACAAGAACAAUUAAUAAAAAAACAAAUUGAGGCAUCCCCAUCAAACCUCGGAUGGCUUUAAUGAUUUAAUGAACUCAUUAAUUAUUAAGACUCAGGUUCGGAGCAAAACCCUGUCAUCUGUGGCCCGUCCUCAGGACCUGAAACGAGGGAGUAAGCUGGCAUGAAAUAAAGAAGGGGAAACUGGGUGUUUAUUUAGUCGCACACUGUGAUGUGCAGCAUUAGAGGAAAAGCAUUCUGUGGGAUUGAUGGUAAUGACUGUAGCCUGUUAAGUGUAUUAUUUUUAUUUUUAUUUCCUUUGGUGUGGAUAUUAAACACUGAAGUUGAUCUAUGAAA